AGAGGACUUGGUCAGCCUGGAGGCCUGUGGGGCUGGCCUUGUUUGCACAGAGGGUGUGUGCAGGAAUGUGGAGGUGCUGAGGGGUUCUGUGUCCAGGGAUGCUUGGAGAGAGGGACUUCCUCCUCCCUGUGCUUGGGGUGGGGGAGGGGAGCGAGCCAGUCCAAGGUUGAGGUGCCGGAACCUUUCCAGCCCAACGGGACAGGCGCGGUCAGCCUGGCUCCUUCCAGCCCAUGGGGACAGGCGCGGUCAGCCUGGCUCCGCUUCUCUUGUGCAACAUUCUGGAUUCCAGACAGUCCCCAGUUUGCUUGAGGCUUCUCGGGAGAGCGGGACCUGGGGGCUUUGUGUGUGUGUGGGGGGGGGGGGGACCAGUUCUGUUUUGGUCUCUGCCCCCUUGCAUUUGGAGAGUGGACUUGGGGUUGGGGGCGCAGUCAUGGUGGCCCUCCUGCCAAGUAGGUGCCGGGACUGGGGUUCAGGUCUGUGCCCCGCGGUCCUUAUUGUUCCUGGGGGAGAAGCCUGGCUAAAAAGAGAGGACAGCUCGGCCCCUCCCCUCUAGGACCUGGGGCCGCUACAGGUGGAACUCCAGCCUGGGCUUCCCAGUCCUGGUUCAGGGAGAAGCUGGGGCCCUGGUCUCCAUCCCAGCGCGUGAGGCCCCUCCUGGCCCUUGAUAGCUUUCAAACGAUGAGCAUUUCAUUCUUCUUUUGGGAGCUUAACACACCUGGAUUUCUGGAAAGGGAAACCGAGGCAUCGGGCAGGCACGGGGAGCCCCUGGCACCCCAGGAGGUUGCUCCAGGAUCCCCCAAGACCAUGCAGACUGCUGCCUGCCUCGGGGGUGCCUCCCUGGGAGCCCCCGGCCUGGCCCGGAAGUGCAGAGGCCCUGCACUGCAGAGCGGGAUUAGUUCAGGGAAGGGCUUGCUCACCUGCUCCUCCCUCUGACUCAAGUCGUAACAAGUAACCUGGCUCCCCUGGCCCGGCAGCCUGGGAGGGCCGGCCAGAGGGCCGCCGCGGCGGCGGGCGAGCGCUGUGCAGGAGCCCGGUCGGGGAGAGCGCAAGGUGGUGGGCCUGGCAGACCCCCGAGGCGACCCGCGAGGCCCCCCAGCCCCCGACCUGGGAGCCAGGGCUGUUCCCCAACUCCUGGACUAAAGACCGGAAGCAGCUGGGGAAGCUCCAGGCUACCUACGCAUCCUGGCCCAGGCUGGGACCGGUGUCGCCCCUCCCUGCUCUGUGUCCCCUCCUCCCAGAAGCCCACCAUGGAGAGUAAGGAUGAGGUCAGCGACACUGACAGCGGCAUCAUCCUGCAGUCUGGCCCUGACAGCCCGGUCUCCCCGAUGAAGGAGCUGACCCAGGCAGUGCGCAAGCAGCAGAGGGCCCUGGAAGCACGCCUGGAGGCCUGCCUGGAGGAGCUGAGGAGGCUUUGCCUGAGGGAGGCGGAGCUGACGGGCAGCUUGCCUGCAGAGUUCCCCCUGAAGCCAGGGGAGAAGGCCCCCACGGUGCGCCGCAGGGUCGGCGCCGCCUACAGACUGGCCGAGUGGGCCCUGCACCGGGAGGACCCCCUGAGCAGCCUGGAGCGCCAGCUGGCCCUGCAGCUGCAGAUCACCGAGGCGGCGCGGCGCCUGUGCCUGGAGGAGAACCUGGGCCGCCAGGCCCGGCGGCAGCGGAAGCAGGUGGUGCUGCAGGAGGAGAGGAAGCUGCAGGAGCUGCAGCGCUGCCUGGGCGAGCGGAGGCGCAGCAGCGAGCCCCCGCCGGCGCCGGGCCCAGAGCUCAGUGCCUCCGACGACAGCUCCCUGUCCGAUGGGCUGCUUCUGGAGGAAGAGGAAUCCCAAGUGCCAAAACCUCCCCCGGAAUCCCCAGCCCCAGCUCCCCGGCCUCUGCCACCCCAGAGCCUGGAGGGGCUGCAGCUGACAGGACCAGAGACCGGGGGCCUGGAGCGGGCCCCCAUCCAGAGCAGUCCCUGGAAGGAGACCAGCCUCGACCACCCCUACGAGCGGCCCAGGAAGUCCACUGAGCCCAGUAGCGAGUCCAGCAGCCCUGCCACCACGCCGCAGGACGGGCCCAGCGUCCCCAGCACGUGGCUACUGGAGCCGGCCACCUACCGCGUGCUUCCGGUCCGCAGCAUUCCUGGCCAGCUCCAGGGCCGCACCAGCGCCCCCGCCACGCCCGAGAUGCAGGGACGGAGGGGCCAGUCGCAGUCCCUGAGGGUGGACUCCUUCCGGGCGGGGCCGGAGGGCCGGGGCCGCAGCGCCUUUCCGCGCCGCCGCCCCACGCACUACACCGUGACCGUGCCAGAGUCCUGCUUCCCCGCGGCCAAGCCCCCGCUGCCCCACGCCGCCUGCCACUCCUGCUCGGAAGACAGCGGCUCCGACGUCUCCAGCGUCUCCCACCCCGCCUCGCCGGGCGGCAGCAGCCCCGACAUCUCCUUUCUGCGGCCCCUGUCCCCGCCCGAGCUGCCUCGCCACCGCGGGGCCUGGGGACCGGCCAGCGGCAGGGAGCUGGCCGCCCACUACCCCAGGGUGCUGCUGCCUGCCGGGUACCUCCCGGCCGGGCGCUACGUGAUGGUGGCCGAGGGCCAUCCGCCGCCCGGAGAGUGGGAGCUGCGCCGCGCCGCCUACGACGCCGAGGCCGCCCCCCUGCGCUACCCGCGGCCGGUGCCCGCCCACGGCCGCAUCGUGCGGACGCCCUCCCUGAAGGACAGCCCCGCGGGCCGGGGGCUCAGCAAGGCCGCCGUCUCAGAGGAGCUCAAAUGGUGGCACGAGCGGGCGCGCCUCCGGAGCGCGCGGCCGCACUCGCUGGACCGCCAAGGGGCCUUCCGGGUCAGGAGCCUGCCCCUCGGGAGAGAGGGCUUCGCAGGAGCUCUGGGGCCCCGGACUCAGGUGCCCACCGUGUGCGUGCUCCGGAGAUCGCCUGAGGGCGCCCCCAUGCAAGUGUACCUGCCUGAGAACGGAGAGCUCAUCAGCCAGGUGUAGCCCUGGGCGCCCGAGCCGAGCCGGGCAGGACUGCACCCCCUGGGGCCGGGGCCGGGACCCCACCUGUCAGUGCCUCCUCAGCUCCCCGCCCCCAUCGCAGGCCGAUGACCGGAGCUGAGACCUCUCCUUUUUUUUUUUUACACGGUAUUCUCAGCAGCCUUGCCCUGGGGGUCUGCCUGUUUGUGGCCUGUCCCCAAGACCCCUGUGAUGGGACUGGGCUCCCUCUCCCCUUUCUGGCCUCUGGAACGUCAGGCCUUGCCUGUGUGAUGGACAGCGUCGGUCUCCGUAUUCAAGACGAGUGGCAGGGAUGUGCCCCGCGGAGUCGGCCGGUCUGGGACUCCCUCAGCUGCUGUGCGCCCGGUUCAAGGACUCCCUGGAGAGCAGCCCCUGGCCACCGUCCUGCACACACUUGACUCUGCCUGACUCUGCUGUUUCCCCGGUCUCUGGGGACCGUAGGCUGGGGUGGGGGGGACCGCCCUCCCUCUGUAAUGUGCUCCAUGAUGCACACCCAGUGCCGGGGAGAGGUCAGCACUGUCCCCUGACCCUGCCAUUUCCUGUUCCCGUAAAGCCCCCCUUCGGGGCCCCAGCCCCAGUCACCUCUCUAGGCCCCGUGGGCCCUCAGCCCAGGCUGAGUGAGGGCUUGCAGCCUCCCGCCUCCCGCGGCCUCUCCUCAUCACCACCCUGGAGGCGAUACUUGACACUUUGAGGAAGGCACCCCUCCUGGACACGCUUCUGGUGGCGGCGCCGCCUGCUCCCCGCCCAGCCACACUUGUGCUCUGAGAAAGCCCCGGUGUACGCCCUGGGGGUGCCCGUGCCCUGGGGGUGCCCGUGCCCGAGACGGGCUGGCCUUUCCAGGGGCGUGAGUGACGGUGCCAGCUGCUGAGACGAGGCCACGCCUGUGAGCUGCCGUCCCUGGGGCUCUCAUGCUAGGGCCCCCUUUGCUGCAGGUCAGCUCCCCAGGUGGGGGUCCUGCUUCAGUGCAGAAGUGCCCUGUUGAGGCCAGGAGGGGAGGGAGAGUGGCCUUCUGGGUCUUCCUGUGCCCGCGUCCCCUGCACUGGAACAGGUCCCGAGUGUAGCAGAGCUGUGGCAUAGCCAGGGCCGCCCAUGCCUGACCCAGCAGAGCCGUGCUUCUGUUGGACAAAGCAGCAGAGCCGACUGCACAGGGGCUUCCUGGGAGACCCGGGCAGGGAGGGGGCAGUGGUGGCGAGGGGACGCACUGCAGCCAGCCCCGCCUUUGGGCCGGCUCUACCUUCCAUUACACUGACCCGUCUGCCUCUAAGCCCCUUCCCCAGUGCCCAGCUGCGCCUCCCCCGGGUCCUCGAAGGAGCACACCUGACUGACACUCCUUAAAUCGCUGCUGGCUCCUGCGUAGCCACUGCACACAGCCAGGCCUUUGGCUGGAACUGUGGGUCUGGCGCCACCCAGCUCAAUAAAGUCUGUUCUUUGUGAUUGGCCGA